AUGUUCAAGUCAAAGUUCAACGACAAGAAGUUCAAAACGAAUUGCAGAAUAUGCAUCAGCCGACUGAAAUUGGUCGAGAAAAAGAAGACUGAAAUGGCCUUGAAAGCCAGGAAAGAGAUUGCUGAUUAUUUGAAGCUCAACAAGUACGAUCGAGCGAGAAUAAGAGUCGAGCAUAUUAUCAGAGAAGACUACAAAGUCGAAGCCUUGGAGAUUACAGAAAUGUUCCUGGAUUUGAUUCUUGCCCGCGUGGGGCUGAUUCAAAUGAGCAACUCCAUCGAUAUUGGUCUACAAGAGCCGAUCAACAGCAUCAUCUGGGUUCAGCCGCGCAUCACCGAUGACUGCGCCGAGUUAAAAACAGUCGUAGAUGAGCUCAUGAAGAAAUACGGCAAGGAACACAUCCAGCAAUGUCGCCAGGGAAUGCUCGACAAGCACAUUUCGACCAAACUCCAGGACAAGCUGAACCAGCACUCGCCGAAGAGGUCGCUUGUUGAGAACUAUCUAAUUGAGAUUGCAAAGAAUUACAACGUUGAGUUCACUCCAGCUCUUAACACUUUCUUUCUGAUUAAAUUCAUCAUAAAGGAGGAUAUUUAUCUCGUUCCGAGAAGUGGGGAGGAUGAUAAUGAUGGUGAUCCUUUCGACAGUGGCGACUUGAGCCAGCAACUGCCCUACCUGCAAGCGCAACAGCCCUACCCGCCUCAAGCCACUGGACCUACUGAAAUGUCCAUUUACAAUCCUGGACCGAUUGAUCCAGCGACGAAUCUGCCGACAAUUCCUGGAGGACCUGCUUCUCCAGCCUAUCCGGGUAUUCCACCAACUGCAUCGAUGAGAUUGCCUUCUGAUAAUCUUCCUUCUAUCCCAGGCGAGCCGAAGAAAGACGCCGGAUCCCCUGGAACUCGAGGGAUGCCCGAACCAGCGCCUAAGUACACGGAUAUCAUGAACUCUCCCAAAGAAGAAAAUGUUUACGAGUUUGCCGAUGAGCAAAUAUACGACGAUGUUGCCCCAGCCGAAGAUGACAUCAUCCCCGGACUUCCCUCCAUUCCCAGCAAUGAUCCAACGCCAAACGCUCGCCAGAACCAACCAGAGGACGACGAUUCUGGCGAUGAUUUCGACGAUCUCGAAGCUCGAUUCAAAAAUUUGCGAAAGUAA